AUGCGGCUCGCGCAUUCAAAAUUCCGACUAUCGAUUUGUUUAUACUCGUUUAGAGCUGCUCUACUGCCGGGAGACUACGAGCAGCAGAAAAAUGUGCUGGAAAUCCUCGAGAAUCGGGUGAAGUGCUUGUCGAACCAGUACGAUGCAUUGUCCCACAAAAUCGAAAUUGUGAACCAAAGAAUCGCUUAUCCGUCAAACCGCCUAUCCAGUGCUGAGACGAACGCUUACAACGAGCUGCAGCAACUCAGCAUGAAGUCGAAAGUAAUCGUGGCCAAGUUUGAUCAGCUCUUGAAAGAAUGUACAUCAUUGGUUCCUUCGACGUCUAGUAAUAAAUCUUCGUCUACUUCAGUCCAGCCUGUUGAUAACGGUGAUUUGUUACUGAUGAAACAAAUGAUGAUUAGCUGGGACGAAAGAAUAAACAAGCUAGUGAAAACGAUAAACGCUUUGCAGGAAAAGUUUUCCUGA